AUGAAAUGCCGGCAGGGCAGCCAACCGGCUUCUAAAUGCGAGCGUUGUGCGCGAAAGUCUCUUGACUGCGUGUUCCAACAGCACCGUAGAGGCCGGAAGCCUGGGACAAAGAUCUCUAAGCGGAAUAUGCCUACAUUGCCCUCCACGUAUGCGGCUGUGAAGAAGACGCCGGACUAUAGCGGUGACACUCCAUCUAUUGCAGAGAGUGUGCCUGCAGAGGAGCCUGGCAACUUGCAGCCGUCAGGUUUGCUCAACCAGGAGGCAAUGAGAGGCAAGUUUUCGUUGCGGCGAAUACUGAGUACCACAGACGGCGAUGCAUUGGAGCCGCCCGAGAGAUCAUCUCCAAGUCGGCCAGAAGACCCAAUUGAGAUGGGAAUACUAAACCUCUCCAUUGCCAAAUCCCUUUAUGAGAAUUUCAUCAUUGUUCUUAAUCCGUACAUCAGCCAACUUGAUCCAAAUCUACAUACUUUCCUCUAUGUGCGCCAGAAGUCAUCUUUCCUCUUCACGGCCGUUCUGGCAAUGUCCGCAAAGACAUUCAACCCUGUCAUGUACAAUGCGCUAUACGACCAUGUACAAGACCUAUACACCGAAAGUUUUCGGAAUGGCGCCAAAUCAACAGAAAUUGUCCAAGCCAUCCUCAUUCUCACCUACUGGAAGCAGCCCCAAGACACGAGAGCUUGGACCUCCUUGGGUUAUGCUAUUCGCAUGUGUAUGGACAUGGGAUGGCACAAGUUGACGGCCUAUUCCCCAGCUGGCCGUGCUACCGCGGAUGAGACAAGACGACGAGAAAUUCGCAACAUUGAGAGAACGUGGUAUGUGUUGUUUGUAUAUGACCGAAGCAUAAGCCUCCAAACGGGACGGCCGUGGAUGAUUGAGCGAAACGCAUUUAUAGAGUCAAUAGAGGCCUGGUGUGGUGAUCCAAUCGCGGACCCAAACGACGAUUUGCUUGGCGCAUUUGUUACCUUGAGACUGAUGAGUUCUUCAAUAUUUUCUCUCCAUGCUCCCCACUCUCGACGAGGCGAAAGAGUGCCGCUGGAGAAUACGGAGGCUCUGCUUUCGCUUAAGAAAGCCAGCAUCGAAAGAUGGGAGCGCCAUUGGAUCCAAAACGUGGAACAAAAGCAGUCUUCAGAAGAUGAGACGCACAAAUUCUUGAUACGGUUUUAUGGGACGCAUUUUCGACUACAGCUCUUUUCUCUGCCACUACAAGACGUGCUGUCAUCAGAAUUCUCGGAUUCAUCUCUCCACUUGGACAUAAUCUGGGCCGCAUUCACCGGAGCCAUGGACAUGCUGAAGCUGAUAUCGCGCCAUUCGGGGCAGCUGUAUUUUGCUCAAGAUUCGAUACACGUCAUGACUGCCUAUAGCGCAGCUUUCCUUCUCCUCUUGUCUGCUCCUGACACUGUCGUUCAAGAGAUAGAGGCCACGACAAUAGAUGUCAUUCGUACCGCCGCCCAAGCCUUCUCACAACAAGCGACAGCCCCAGGCACAAGCUGUGAGCUGCAAGCAAGAUUCCUUCAUAAUAUUGCCACCAAACUUUCUCAGAGAAGAAGGACAGAACAACCGACACCAAUCGCGAAAUUUUCAAACAGCGAUAGGCAUUCGUCACUGGAUCAAAACGACAUAAACUCGACAAGACUUCCCUUUCUACCAUUGGAAGUCAGUCAAGCCAUGCCGCAGUCUCUUGAUCAACCUCUCCCCGAAGUGUUCAUUUUUCAGCACGCCGACCUUGACCCGUUGUUCACAGACGACGGUGCAUGGGCGGAUAUAUUAUCAAGCGCCGCAUUCAAUACUCAAAACGGUGUUCUAUUAGCCUGA